CAGCCAUGCUUCGGAGUGUGGGUGGCGUGGCUCGUGCAGCCAUGGGCGGAAUGAAUGGUGCGAGUCGGCUUGCUAUGGUGUGCGGACGGUGGUCCUCGAGCUCUGGUGCGGGGGCUGGGGCUGGUAGGACGGGUGAAGCUGGUGGUGGUGGGCCGGCGGCGGGUGGCGGCGGGCAGGCGGCGAGCGGAGGAGCAGCAGCCAACAAGCAGGUGGAAGAGUGGCAGCAAAGGGUGGACAAGUCGACAGGCGAAUUCAUCUACGUCAAUCUCAGGAGCAAAGAGGUGACGUCCAAGCAGCCGGAGUGGUACAUCCCGUACAACAAGGAGGACUCGGCUCUGGUCAAGUUCAUCAAGUUUGAUCUUGUCGGCGAUUAUGAUCUGAAGGGCAAGAAGCUCGCCGCGGUCAUCGCUGCCAUUGUUGCCGUCGGUCUGGCUCUCGACUACAAGCGGGGACAUGGGCUGUUCUACUACUUGAUGGACGAUGAAGCUCGCGCAGUUGCAGACGCCCAAGCCCGCCGCCGCCGCGAGCUUGUCACCGGUGUGCCUCAGGAUGCGUCGGGUCUCGACGACUCGUACGAGUACGAGUUUGUGGCCGACGACGACGACGAGUAUGAGUAGACGAGUAUGAGUAGCUGCUUGCUGACAAGCAUCAUCACUUUACUGCUGUCCUCGACAUAGACUCGCCCACCCGGCUACUCUUUGGAGAGCGCCUUCUUGACGUCGGAGCGCUGGUCGGCGGACGCGGCGCCGCCCUUGUUGAGCAGCGAGUGGAAGAACGAGUUGAGCACGUCCUCGGAACCAGCGCUGCCGGUGUCGCCGCCGGACGGCGUGUCGGCCUUGGCCGCUUUGGCGCCUGCGAGAAUGUUUUCGAGCGAGGGCCGGCGCCCGGGUCCGGGCUCGGCCGCCAGCGCCGCCACCGGCGUCUUCUUCUUGCCGGCCGCCAGCAAGUCGUUGAUGCCCUUGGCAAUCGGCUGUGCGUCGGCGUCGCCCGACGGGUCGGAAUCGAUAAACUCGCGGAAGCGUUGCAGGAA